AAUGAUUGGCUGCAUAGACAACCAUGGCGGUGCUCAAGAUCGUCGCGCCUGUCCUCAUCGCUGUCCUCGUUUACUAUGCCUAUACCUGGGAAAGCUUCUCCGAAGGUAAGCCAAGGGAGAAGGGUUGCCUCUUCUUAAUCGUGGCCUUGAUCGUCUCUUGCACAUAAAUCCCUCUGCCGUUCUGGGGAAUGUUUGCACAUAGCAUGCCAGCGACACCAGACAAGCACCUUCGCUCUGCUCUUGUUGCAUACUCUCCAACAUUUAUCCGAUGAAAAUAGGGACCACCUAUUCCAUAACAACAACAACAACUAUUUAUUUAUACCUCACGCACCUGGCUUCCAACAUAUAUGAAAAUAUAAUAAAAUAUUGAAAACUUCCCUACACAGGGCUACCUUCAGAUGGCUCGGGGGUUGGAUCACUACCCUCCAACAUUUCUCCGAAGAAAAUAGGGAAGUCCUAAGGAAAAGCGGGACAUUCAGGGAUCAGAUCAGAAACCGGGAGAGCUUCUGUAAAUAUGGGAUUGUCCCUGGAAAAUAGGGAAGGUUGGAGGGUCUGUUGUUGGCACUUGCUAAAAACUUUUUUUGUUUCGAUUACCCUAUCCAGAUGCAUAGAACCUGGCCCAUGCGUUACAUUAGUGUUUUAAAUUAUUAUUAUUAUUAUUAUUAUUAUUAUUAAUUAAUUAAUUCUCCCUUCACCCUAAGGUUCCAGAGCGGGUUACAACAAAACACAACUUUUGUUGUUUUUUAGUCGUUCAGUCGUGUCCGACUCUUCGUGACCCCAUGGGCCAGAGCACGCCAGGCACUCCUGUCUUCCACUGCCUCCCGCAGUUUGGUCAAACUCAUGCUGGUAGCUUCGAGAACACUGUCCAACCAUCUCGUCCUCUGUCGUCCCCUUCUCCUUGUGCCCUCCAUCUUCCCAACAUCAGGGUCUUUUCCAGGGAGUCUUCUCUUCUCAUGAGGUGGCCAAAGUAUUGGAGCCUCAGCUUCAGGAUCUGUCCUUCCAGUGAGCACUCAGGGCUGAUUUCCUUCAGAAUGGAGAGGUUUGAUCUUCUUGCAGUCCAUGGGACUCUCAAGAGUUGUUGUUGUUGUUGUUGUUGUUGUUGUUGUUGUUAUUAUUAUUAUUAUUAUUAUUUAACUAUCCCUUCACCCUAAGGUUCCAGAGCGGGUUACAACAAAACACAACUUUAAAAACAGUUUAAUUACAAUCACUGGGGGGAAAGGUGGAUCCUAAAGACACAGGUGCCAGGGGAAAGAGGUGCGUCUUUUGAAAGCUGUAUAACGAAAGUGCAUCUCUGUGAAGUGGGAGUUCUGCAGCUUAGAGGCCACCACAGAAAAGACCCUCCCUUGGACUGCCACCACCCCUGAGACUCUGGGGUAAUGAUCAUUUAUUCUGAUUUAAUAUUUGAACAUUUUAAAGAAUUGCUUUCAUCAACUUUGUUGUUUCGUAAUGGUGUCGACAUUCUGUUACAAUCCAGCCUUUUAUUGAUCUUGUGAAAUAAAAUCAAUUACUAGGGAGGAGGCAGUAAUACUUCUAAAUCUCCAUUGCUGGAAGCCACCGGACGGGAGAGUGCUGCUGCGCUCAGAUCCUGCUUGCGGGCUUCCCUUUGGGGCAUUUAGUCGGCCACUGCGAGAACAGGAUAGUUUGGAUAGCUCAGUUGGCUAGAGCGCGGCGCUGAUAACACCAAGGCUGCAGGUUCGAUCCCCGUAUGAGGACAGCUGCGUAUCCCAGCAUUGUAGGGGGUUGGACUAGAUCAGGCAUCCCCAAACUCGGCCCUCCAGAUGUUUUGGGACUACAAUUCCCGUCAUCCCUGACCACUGGUCCUGUUAGCUAGGGAUGAUGGGAGUUGUAGUCCCAAAACAUCUGGAGGGCUGAGUUUGGGGAUGCCUGGACUAGAUGACCCUAAGGGUCUUUUCCAACUCUAUGAUUCUGUGACUGCAUGGGGGCCCCUUUGGCCAGACUCACCUUCUAUCCUUACGUUUCUGUUCUUACGAACUUCAGUGCAAAACAUCUGGAUUGUAGGCAGCUGGUGUUGACCAUCUCCUUCUCUCUCUCCAGAAAUGGUGCGAGGGAAACGUGUCCUGGUGACGGGGUCAAGCACAGGGAUAGGGGAACAAAUGGCCUAUGAGUUCGCCUGGAUGGGGGCCCAUUUGAUGCUGACAGCAAGGAACGCGACACGCCUCCAGAAGGUAAACUGUUAAUCCCUUGACCCCAGUGUAGUUAAACUCAGGUUCCUUGAUUCCAAUAGUCUUAGUUUGGCUACAACCCUUAGCCUCCCCUCCCCGCUCAGAAAUACCCCCCUCAUCUCUUCCUUCCUCAUCUGGCCCUCCUUCUGACCAAGCCCCCCUCCCACAAGAAUCCAUUGUUCCAUAUUGUAAACCAGUUUAGUUUAGCCAUGCCCUGAUGGUGACCAUUGGCUUGUGGGAACAUGGAGGAUUUUUCCCUGAUGGCACCGGCAUUAUGGAACGCCCUCCUUGCUCUCACGUGUUGGACUAGAUGACACUUGGGGUCUCUUCCAACUCUACAAUUCUGUGAUUUCAUGACUCACCAUCACUACUGCUAUUCUACUGGUUUUUAAAGACACACUUGUUUCCGAUGAACAUUCCCCUGAACUUGAACUUCCUGAUCCAACUGUUUUUAUUUUGAUUUUUUAAAAUUAUGGUGCUUUUAAACUGGCUCACUGUAUAAUAAAUUUUGUGGCUGUUUUUUACUGCUCAAAAAGGAUUGUUUUAUUGUGCGUUGUAGUAUUUUACAAUGGAUUUUAUACUUGAAAACCUCUUAGAAGCCAUUUUUAAGUUCCCUCUUUAUUUUUAUUUGUUUUCUCUUUUUGCAUGAUUUUUAUUAAGUUUUUUUUAAUUUUACAAUUUAGAAUAUUCAUUUAAACAACCUUAAAAUAUCAAUGUCUUCCCUUCUUCUCUUUCCAUGGUUCAGUUUGCAUGCCAUAGAUUCCUGCAUAUUUCACAUAAACUAAGCCAUCCAAUAUUCCAUUUUUACAUCCAUCAAAAUUUAUUUACACUGUUGAAUUUAUCUUAAAGCUGCCAACCUUUUCAAGUGUACACAAUUUUCACCCAUGUAUUCAAUAAACAUUACCCAGUCUUCUUUAAACAUAUACUCUUCUUGUUCUCUUAUUCUAUAAGUUAAGUCUGCAAGCUGCACAUAUUCCAUCAGUUUAAGUUGCCAGUCUUCUUUAGUUGGGACCUCACUCGUUUUCUAUUUUGGGGCUCAUUUUCCAUUUAUUUGUUUCCUCCAGGUAGUCCAGAAUUGUCUGAAACUGGGAGCCGCCUCUGCUUCGUACGUCGUUUCAGAUAUGAGUGACUUGGCUUCUGCCCGGAAUGUUGUGGAAGAAACCAAGAACGUCUUGGGUAAAGAUGGAAGGCCAGUCUCUAGCCAGUCUUGGAGGGGUGGCAACUGUUCUUCCAGUUCCCAAAAGGCUGCCACACAAGCUACCUGAGGCGCAGGCAAAGGGCUCCUUAACCCUUUCGUCUUGAGGGGAACAGCUCCAAAGGCAUUUGCCGGCUUCUGCCCUGGGACACCUCAGCUGUUGGCCUUGUCUGCCUGCAUCUUGGCAAAGAUCUGCCCAGAGAUCUUUUGAUGAAGGAUGGUAUAUCAUCAUCAUCAUACCUUUUAUUGGCAUCACAGACAAACAUCCAUAGCAAAUCAAUACAGAAUUACCACCUUCCCAGUGACACAAAACGUUUGUCAUAUGAAAGAGGCAAAGCAGUCUAGUAUUACAGCUCUAGGUCUCCAGGGAGAUCAGACGUCUGCAAUGUGUUUCGACGACAAAAAACCAGAUAAAGAUAUUUAGCCACUAACCUGGUGAGCUCCUGAUUAUUCCCCAAUAAUAGAAAAUGUAUGACCUCUAACUCUGGUUUCCAUUUGGGGAUGCAGAGUUGAUCUAGGAACUGCUGGUGGAGAUCAACAUAUAGUUUACAUUUAAGAACAAUAUGUGUAAGAGUUUCCACCUGAUGGUCUUCACAUGGGCAAAUUCUUUCUUCUUCCACCAUUCCUGAGAACCUUCCCCAUAGGAGGUUUGAAGGUUUUGAAUUAAACCUGGCCAGGGAGGGAGGGAGGGAGGGAGAAGGAAAGAAGGAAAGAAGGAAGGAAGGAAGGAAGGAAGGAAGGAAGGGGGUUGACCAGCAUCUCCCAACCUUAAGCCUUCCAGAUAAUUUGGACGGCAACUCCCAUCAGCCCCAGUCAUUUGAGAUUAAUAGAUUUUGACUUGUUUCCAAUUUCUCAUUGAUUGGGUGUAUCUUCCAGCUCUAUCAUUCUGUGAUUCUGUGAAAGCUGGUGUCACCGGAUUACGUCCAUCAGUUUUGUUGACUUGGUUAACUAAAUAGUUUGAAGUGGGUUUUGAAUACAUGGGCAAUUCAUAGUUACCAUUUUGAAUGUCAUUGCGUUACUAUCUUCCUUACUGGCUUGCGCAAAUCACGCUUCUGAAUAAUGCUUUUUAUUGGGUAAGGAGAAAAAAGUUCGGAAAACGCUGUCUUAAUGCAAGCCUAACCAAAUUUCUCCUUGCAUUCCUACAUUGGGAGGGCACCAGGCUUGCGAAGGCUGGUAUCAGAGAAUUGUAAGGUUGGGAGGGACCCCAAGGGUCAUCUAGCCCAACCCCCUGAAACGAAGGAACCGCAGCUAAAUCAUGAAAGGACUGAGCUCGGCACAGGCUGAUUUUCAGGGGUAGCCUAUAUGUUGACAUGAGAAGAGGUUGAGCUCGGUCCAUCUCCAAGCACGGCUGUUGCUCUCCCUCUUCCACUCAGGGUCUCUGUGCUCUUUUCCCUUGCAGGGGGGCUUGAUCUGCUGGUUCUGAAUCAUGUCGGUGGAAAAAUCAGUUUUGGCCCGUACCAAGGAGACAUGGAAUCUGUGAUCAGCUCCAUGACGGUCAACUUCUUCAGCUACGUCCAGGUCACCGUGUCGGCCCUGAGCAUGUUGCAAGAGUCCCGUGGCAACAUCAUCGUGGUAUCGUCCAUAAGCGGUAUGGGCAGGCGACUGGAGACCCCCCCCCCAGCCUAAGUGAUCUUGGGAGGUCCAAACUUUCCGAGCACAAUUCAAAGUGCUGGUGCUGACCUUUAAAGCCCUAAAUGGCCUCGGCCCAGUAUACCUGAAGGAGCGUCUCCACCCCCAUCAUUCAGCCCGGACACUGAGCUCCAGCUCUGAGGGGCUUCUGGUGGUUCCCUCACUGUGAGAGGUGAGGUUACAGGGAACCAGGCAGAGGGCCUUCUCGGUAGUGGUGUCUGCCCUAUGGAACGCCCUCCCAUCAGAUGUCAAGGAAAUAAACAACUAUCUGACUUUUAGACGACAUCUGAAGGCAGCCCUGUUUAGGGAAGUUUUUAAUGUUUGAUGUAUUUAUCGUGUUUUAAAAAUUCUGUUGGGAGUUGCCCUGAGUGGCUGGGGAAACCCAGCCAGAUGCACGACGUAUAAAUGUAUUAUUAUUAUUAUUAUUAUUAUUAUUAUUAUUAUUACUACUACUACUAGAUGGGCCAUUGGCCUGGUUAGCAGGGCUCUUCUUAGGUCCUUCUGGGGCUCCUGCAUCUAAAUUUCCCAAUCCUCUGUUAGUUAAUUUAUUGGAGAGCACUCACACCCCAUUCUUCUGCUGAAAAAAACAUGAGGGGGAGAAAAUCCUUUCUGUCACCGCUUUCUCCAUGUCAGUUGUACAAACCAAUAUCAUGUCGCCCCCUACUCGCCUCUCCUCUAAACUAAAAAGUCCCAAAGGCUGCAACGUUCCCUCAGAGGGGCAGUCGCUCCAUCCCCUUAACCCCUUUGGUUUCUGGAGAAAUAGAUUCUGCAACCUUCCAAGUAAGAAUAUGUUCCUGUUUUCUCUCAGGCCGCCUUCCAUCCCCUUUCUCCGUUCCAUAUGCCGCCAGCAAAGCUGCGCUGGAAGGAUUCUACAGCUCCUUGCGCACAGAGCUGCGCCUUCGGGAAAUCAACAUGCCCAUCACGGUUGCCGUGUUGGGGUACAUUGACACAGGUAAGCGGCCCCAGGUAGGGCAGCCGCUUAGUAGGGCUGGGUGAUAAUCCAGUGUUCAACAUCGUGAUUUAUCACCAGCGUUAUAAGAAUUCUAAGGUCUCAAAUGUAAAAUAAAUGUUCAUAAAUGUUCAAGGCAAACACAUACAUAUGUAUAUGAACCACGUGUCUGAAAUAGUACAGGAGAGCAACCCUGAAGCCAUUUUGACUCUCCCAAUGACCUCAAAUAUUUCUCUGCAGUAAGGGAGGAAAAUUGGGAAAGCCUUCCCAUUGUCAUUUUGCUUGCAAAUCCUGCCUUAAGGGUGUAUUUGUGUAUGAAUAGGGUGAGCCUGUGCCCUGGAUUCAGGAACUAAAGCAUUAACCAUCACAAAAGAAUGGCCAGACUGCCCCAGGUAAUGCAAUCAGUGACCAUUAUGAGGUAUCCUGGCAAACAUGAUUUCUGCUGUAGACCGUCUCCUUCUGUGAUGUAUGUAUGCUGUUUUAGCGGGAUGGUCUUGGGCCACAGGGUGGCCAAUUUCAAAAGUCUUUUAAGGGCUUGCGCACCAUUGUUCAGGGUUCUCUCUCCCUCCUGCGUGUGGUGAGUGGGGACCCUGUUGCAACAGUUUAAUAAAGAUCAGGCUUACUAGCCACUUUGCGUCUCAAUAUUCUCUGGUUGGCCUCUGCUAUUUUCUGCUACCGAUAGGGAACCCACUUAAGGACUCUAUACGGGCUCCAGAAUAGCCCAGAAGGGGAAAAGAGCAGUUUUUUCUUAUAACACCAGCUAAACAUCGUGAUGGGACGUGGGUGGUGCGGUGGUUUAAGCCACUGAGCCUCUUGGGCUUGCCGAUCAGAAGGCUGGUAGUUCAAAUCCCCGCGACGGGAUGGGCUCCCGUUUCUCAGUCCCAGCUCCUGCCAACCUAGCAGAGCAGGUAAUCCCCGGAAGCAUCUUCAGGAAGGGCUGAGCGAGACUCCUGAGCCUGCAGCUCUGGAGAGCCACCGUCAGCCCCUGUAGGCAGCAGCAAGGCAGACAGACCAGCAGCAGCUUCUAAGGUCCUGGGGUGCCUGGUGCCCUUUCCACACUGACUUGCCUUCCGCGUUCUUUCCCGCAGACUCAGCUGUGAGGUCGGUAGAAGGCAAGAUCUCCAUGAAACCAAGUUCGAAAGAGCUCUGCGCCCAGGCAAUCGUGAGGGGCGGCGUCAUGAGGGUGAGGGAAGUUUUCUUUCCUUACUGGCUCACGAAACCUUUGAUGCUCCUCAGAGAUUGGCUGCCAGGAGUCGUGGACCAGAUCAUGAGCAACUGCUGCAUUCUGGAGAAAAUCCUCUGAGAAUUAUUUGCGGGGGAAGUGGAUUAUGAAAAGAAUUAUGAGUGGGAAAACAGGCACUGGCCAGGCACUGGCCACAUUCUUUAAAGCAGGGGUUGGCAAGGCUUACCGGGCAUGGGCCGGAUCACUCCCGCAGAGAUCCUCUGUGGGCCGAGCUGACGCAGCGUGACGCCAGAAAUUACAUCUGCACACAUGUCCGCAGGUGCUGCAAAUUAUCGGGGGCUGCUUUCUGGUGCAUUUCUCAAUCUUUCUCUCUCUCUCUUGAAUAUUCAACAGUGUUUUAAGAACAAAUCUCACCUAAUAAACACAUUUUUGUGUGCAGUUCGAACUCAC